AGGGAGAAGGAGCUGGGAGUACAGCACCCCUCCACGCUCACUUCUGUUUACAAUCUUACCUACCUUCUACAUAAGCAGAGGUGAUAUCCUGAGGCAGCAGAACUCUAUGAGAGAGCCUGCGGGGGCUAUCAGCAGAAGCUCAGAUCUAAGCACCCAACAACAAUUGCUUGCUUCAAGAACUAUGUAAGAAUAUAACAAGAGGUCGAGCAUGAUUGACUAGGCUCAAGUAGAGCGUUAGUUAAUGACGUUAAAUCGACGCUCAUAGAGGGAUCGUCUCGCGGUGCUAUAACUUCAAGCAGUACGCCUAAGCUAGCAAGCAGUAUUAGAUAAAGAGCAGAGAAAAGCUCCCUUUCUGUACACAUCAAAUCAAGGAUACGGAGUAGAGAUUGAUAGAAUGG